GAAAUAAUUUCGUCAAUAGAGAGGGCAGAGUUGACAGUAUCAUCUCUGUUCACCAUGUUACGGCCACGCAUACCUCGGAUAGGGCAUGCCCUUCACUCUUUUCGACGAUCCUUUCAUCAGGUCCCACCUCUCGUUCACGACUUCCGGGAGGGUGUCCCAGGACUUCUUUCACCUGCUGGAUUCGAUAUGGCUUGGACGAAAUAUCAAAGUCUGAUGUGCUCGAAGCUCAAUGAUCUUACAGCUGGAGGACCAUGGGAAAACAGCGAGCCCAAAGAUGUAGCCAUCAACUUCGCCCGGGACCCAAACUCAGCCCCAAUCUUCAACUACGCAUCAAUGGCACACAACAACCAUUUCUUCUUCCAAUGCCUAUCUCCCAACCCACCAGAGAUGCCCUUAGCACUCAAAACCGACCUCGAGAAAUCCUUCGGCUCAAUCGAAACCCUCAGACGCGAAAUGGUCGUAACAGCCAGCUCCAUGUUCGGACCCGGUUUCGUCUGGCUCAUUAAAGAGCGGUCCUCGAAGAAAUACAAAAUUCUAUGCACGUACUUGGCAGGGUCACCUUACCCUGGAGCACAUUUCAGGAGACAGACCGUAGAUGUGAAUACGGGGGAAGGUUCGGGGACAGAAGCCUACAAGAGGAUGGCGAGCCAGCCGCCUACGAAUACGGUUGGAGCGCAUGGAGCGCAUGCUAGGAAGGAUACUCUGCCAGCUGGUGGGAUUGACGCGACGCCGGUUCUGUGUAUCAAUACGUGGGAACACGUGUAUUUACCCGACUACGGAAUCGGCGGCAGUGGUUCUGGAGGCAAGAGAGCGUUUGCGGAGAGCUGGUGGUAUGCUGUGGAUUGGAAUGUUGUGGCAGAUAAGGCCGACGUGAAGGGCUCUCUGCCAAUGGCUCGCUGAGGCUGGAGUGAGGAGAACUAGAUGAUUGUAUCAUAUUGGGAUCGAUCCAUGAGCUGGCGUUCCGGCAUACGUCUAUAUACGAUUAGUAUGUACAAUAGUGUACUGAAAAACUGCUUGAAUAGCAUGGAGCUAUUGUAGAAUAUGAAGGAUUCAGCUCUGCAGAGAGUUUGACAGUCUCAGCUCAAG